AUGGCGGUGUCCCUUUUUUCGACAGAAACAGCGACCAUGACAGAAUCAUCGCCCACCCAGACCAUCUCAACACUGGCAAUGACAACACGAUUCACGCCCCCUACAGACUGUGCUACAUCAUGGACAUACGAGCCGUAUUCAUACAACAGCGUCGCCCCUAGCGGACUAAUAAUGCAAAACUGCAACAGCAUCGUGCGCUCGUGCUUCCCGUCCGGCUUCGCCGGGGAGGGCAGAAAGGCGCCUGGCCAAAUAUACAGCCCUGGGUAUUGUCCCAUGGGAUACACGUCCGCAGACGUGGCAAUCAAAGGUCCCGUUACCAGUGCUAUUUGCUGUUUAUCCGAUUACUCGUACACUGCCUCCGUCAUGCACUACAGCAACCUGCCCUCAGCCACAUACGCCGGCUGCACCAGCGAGCUUCACGAAUCCAGCUCGACCAUCGUCUCAGCCCGAGCGAAAGAAAACAACAGAGGCACGCAAGUCCAAGGCCCGAUCGUCAUGUGGGCGCAGCCUAUCACUAUCCAACUCGAGGCCUCAGACCUGAGUCUCUUUGUCCCCGUUACGAGCACAACCGAAUCCUCGUCCGAACCUACCCCCACCCCAAAGCAGACUUCAUCCGAUACCACGCGUUCAACGGGCUCCGCUUCCAGUGCUGCUCAACCCUCUCAAGACGUCACUUCAACAGGAGACUCCGGGUCAAGCGGCCUGUCAACGGGAGCGAAAGCGGGUAUCGGUAUUGGGGCUGCGGUCGGCGGUGUUGCUAUCCUUGGUGUUCUUGCGUUCUGGCUAUUCCGUCGACGGAGUCCGAAAAAGGAUGCUAAUUUGACUUCGAUGGAGACUCCUUAUUAUGAUCCUAAUAAGGCCGGGCCGCCGACCUACGUUGUUCCACGUAAUGCUCGGGGACCACCGGUAGAGUUGGAUAACUCGGAGUAUGGGGCUAGGAAGUAUAUGCCUGAGCUUCAGGGGUGA